CCCUGCUCUCAAUAGCUCUUUGUGUGCCGCUCUGCGAGCUGAAACGCCCGUUUCCCGUUAGCUGGGGGAGGGGCAGGUGCCGUCUCUGAGCUACCUGGCCCUGAGGUGGAUGCAAUGCUCGAGUCAGCAGAGCCUGGCUGCCCGUCAGAGCCUCCUCUCCAAGGGCCCGUGCCUGUCCCUGCUCCGGGCCUGGGCUGCCCAGGCCCAUAGCUAGUCGAGCCAGGCUCUGCUGUCCAGGGCCUCGGUAAGAGGUCGGGGAGCGACGGAGCCGCUGCUGAGGCUGGGGUGGGAGCAGGCGCUGGCACUGCGUGACCCCUUCAGGAGCUCGCCGUGGGGAGCAGAUCUUCAGCCCCUUUCACUGCCCGUGCACCAGGAUUACGAACUGGCGGUUGGCUGCCGUUGCCAAGAGGGAAGCUCUGGAGUCCAGGUCAUGUAGAAGAGCAGAUUUCGUAUGAAGAUGGGAUUGUUGGUGUUUAUGCGUAACCUGCUACUAGCCCUUUGUCUCUUUCUGGUACUUGGAUUUCUUUAUUACUCUGCAUGGAAGCUGCACCUUCUCAGAUGGGAGGACACAAAUUCAGUGGUUCUUUCCUUUGACUCCGUUGGACGUACAGUAGGCUCAGAAUAUGACAAACUGGGCUUUCUUCUGAAGCUGGACUCAAACCUGCCUCCAGAACUAGCAUCAAAGUAUGCAAAUUUCUCUGAGGGAGUUUGCAAACCUGGGUAUGCAUCAGCGCUCAUGACUUCCAUCUUCCCAAAGUUCUCCAAGCCAGCACCAAUGUUCUUGGAUGAUUCCUUCAAAAGGUGGGCACGGAUCAGGGACUUUGUACCUCCCUUUGGAAUUAAAGGACAAGAUAAUCUGAUCAAAGCCAUCCUGUCAGCAACCAAAGAGUAUCGCCUCACUCCAGCCCUUGACAGUCUCAGCUGCCGGCGAUGUAUCAUUGUGGGAAAUGGAGGAGUGCUUGCAAAUAAGUCACUGGGGCUGAAAAUUGAUGACUACGAUGUUGUGGUCAGGCUGAACUCUGCUCCAGUGAAGGGCUUUGAGAAGGAUGUGGGAGGCAAGACAACGCUGCGGAUCACGUACCCUGAAGGGGCCAUCCAGAAACUGGAGCAGUAUGAGAAGGACUCCUUCUUUGUUCUGGCCGGAUUCAAGUGGCAGGAUUUCAAGUGGCUCAAAUACAUUGUUUACAAGGAGAAAGUGAGUGCAUCUGAUGGAUUUUGGAAGUCAGUGGCUACCCGUGUCCCAAGAGAACCUCAUGAGAUCCGCAUCCUGAAUCCGUACUUCAUCCAGGAGGCAGCUUUCAGCUUCAUUGGCCUGCCUUUCAACAACGGCCUGAUGGGCAGAGGGAACAUCCCCACCUUGGGAAGUGUCGCAAUCACCAUGGCGCUGCACAACUGUGAUGAGGUAGCAGUAGCUGGAUUUGGCUAUGACAUGAAUUCACCAAAUGCACCACUCCAUUACUACGAGAGCAUCAAGAUGUCUGCCAUAAAGGAGUCCUGGACGCACAACAUCCAGCGAGAGAAGGAGUUCCUGCGGAAGCUGGUGAAAGCCCGAGUCAUCACCGACCUCACCAGUGGAAUCUGAGUUGUCCCAGACCCCGCGUCGGAGGGAGGCGAGAGACGCACGCUACAGCUAAGGGAGCAGGCAGUGGGAGAGCCACACAGGAAUCCCAACUCGAAGGAAACACAAGAAAUGCACAGGUGCUCUGGGAGAGCCUUCCCGGAUCUCCAGUCUGCACCAGUGCUGCACCUGCUGCAUCCCUCAUGGGGCUGGCAGGGGAGAGCUGGGAGUGGGGCUGAGGGCGGUUAUUGACCUCAGCUCUGCAGAUAGAACUUUUGUGUCUAGAAUUAGUUGGGAAAGCCUGAGGAGAGACAGGAAGACAGGUCAGUGACCCAAAGCAGAGUGUGCCAAACAGGAGUGGUGCUGGCCGGGGCAGCACCGCCUGAAUGUACCAAGUAGUAUUUUUUAAAAGAAACUUUGUUGAAUCAUGCUAAUAAUAUCGCAGUACAAAGCGAAGACUGGCUUGUGCCCACCUCCAGUAGAAGCCCGGCCUCCCCACACGCGGUCUGCAGCUCCUGGCCUUAGUCCUUGCCCUGGGAAAACAGCUCCGUCCGUGACUUUACUCCUGUUGGUGCUGCUGGAAUGUAAAAGGACAAUGGCCUUCCGCUGGUCUCCACACAGGGCUGCUGGCGGGAGCUGAGCAUGGCGUUGUUUCUCUGCACCUCCCUGCAUAGACGCUGCAGCUGCCAUUUAUCCAGCUGCAUUUUCCACAGCUGUUUGCUCCACCCGGGCUCUGCCUUGACCCUGAGCUGGAGCCAGGAGCCAGCUUGUGUCCUGGAGGAGUGGCAGACAGGCCCCUGGCGCCGAGGGGCGUUCGGCCCUCGGUCUGAGCCGGCCGGGCCCCGCGCCAUGGGCAGGCGGAUCUCUGUUCAGCGGUACCAGGGUUUCUCAACAGCGUCAGACUUUAUUUGUAUGUGGGGAGAGGGAUAAUUUAUUUUCUGAGUGAGGUCAGAGGUCAUGUUGCAAUCCAAGCUUCACAGUGUUCAGCAGCAGACAGCUACAGCCGUGUUCAUUUUAUGUUCCACACCUGGUCUUGUUCCCUGCUAAUGACUCCUUGAUGAUGGACCCCCCGGCGAGGGGCAGGGGAGUGACCUGACUGGAAACCUUCACUUCUCGUCCCCUUCCCGGGCAUUUCGCUUUCUUCAUUUCCUGGCUGCUCCCACGCGGCUGGGCCGCUGCUGCUCCAUUGCUGUUGUCAGCGGGUACGAGCGUGUCCGUUACUUUGGCAUGCAGUAUUUGCACAUUUGGGUUCUGUACCUUCUGCAGAGAAGUUGGCAAUCGACUGAGCAAAGCAACCAGGCUGGGUGGGGAGAGAGCUGGCCUCGGUUAUUCUGUGUCUGUGCAGAAGAGGGGGGCACUUGGGAGGGGAUGUAACUAACCUUUCCCUCCUGUACUGUAAGGUGAAUACAUCAGGCUGGGCUGUGCGGCAGCGUGUGCUCUGGAUCUGAGCCCCAGGGCGGAAAUGGACUGGCUACUGCUCCGGGAUAACCUGGCCCCACUCUUCUCCUCCUGCCAGCUACACUUCUUGUGCUGGUGGAUUUGGGUGCUGGGGAGGAGGCCAUGCAGAGGUCACGAACCCGAGGCAGAGAAGGUGGAUGGGUCACUGCACUUUGCCUUGGGGGUCCCUGUAAUUCGUUUCCAGAGGGCUCUGGAUUGCAGAGCGAGAACUUGGUUCCAGGAAGUGUAAUUAACCCCAGGACAAGGGGCACUUGGAGCAGACCAAAGCCUACAGCUCGUCUCCUGCUCCUCCAGCCUUCCCUGGGGCAGGGCUCGUAAACGUGGCGAAGAGGUUUACCAGCGCAAGACACACUGCCUGGGUCAGAAGAAAGAACCAGAACUGGGCGAGUUGAGCUGUGAGAGUGGGCUGGUGCAGUAGGUGCUGUCGCCUGCAGGGGGUAGAGGCACAGGCCUGGUGAGACAUGGCUUUGGGUGCUGGCAUGGGCUGCCCUCGGCAGCGCUGCGCUUCUGUGCUCCGAGCGUGAGCUGCCUGCUCAGAUCACUGCAGGGAGAACGAGCUGUCUCCUUGCAGCUCCCAGUCUUGGACAGCACCUCGGCUUUCUGUCCAGGGCUGCUCCCAGCGUGUCUUCUCUGAACAACUUGCAGAGGCCUGGCCCUGUUCCAGUCCCUCGGAGACAAGGCAGCUGGGGGCCCUUUCCUGCUCCUCUCUGGAGGGUGGGGUCUGUCUGAGCCUCCUUGCUUUCUCUUUUGCCUCUGGCUCUCAGGCCAUCCCUCCCCGUGCUGCUCGGAGGAAUUUGCAGGACACUGAGCUUGUGCUGUGGUGGGAACUCGUUGGAAUAUUCUCCCGAGUUGUUUUUCCUGUUCCAUUCAGCCCAGGGAUUGUGUUUCAGUAAAUGCCACACGCAGACGCUCACACUACAUUUCCCAACCUUCCAAACCAACCCUGGUACGUGGGGGCAGAGUCCCCAGCCCAGCCCUCCUGCUCCCUCAGCCUGCCCUGCCCCGAGGGGCUCCGGGCACCUCCACGUGCAUCCUCCCUCCUGCAUGCACUACAGCACCGUGGGAAGCGCUCGCCCUGAGAGCUUGGGAGCUUUGUCCACAUGCUCUCCAAGCCGGACCGUACUCACUUCCCUCCCUCUUGUCGUGUCAGCGCCGCGGCUUUGACGUUGUUGUUACCUUUGCGGUAGGGCAGGACCCAACCAGCCGGGGAGUGCAGGUGCAGAGAGCUGGCUCAGGGCCCGCAGCGGGCACUGUAGCCCAGCCAGCCGCAGGAGAUGCUUUCCUCACACCUGUGCCAGGCAGGGUGGCGAUGGAUCCGAGGAGAGGGGCUGCUGGCCCUGCCUAUCCGAUAACAUCAGUAUUACACAACAGCCAUGCGUGCUGGCCCCCUUCCCUCCCCCUGCGAUUGUCUGACUUCCUGUAUAGCACAUCCCCAGACCAAUUCCUGCUGCAACCAGGGCAGCUCGUAGCAAAACUUCCCCUCUAGACGUGCAAGUUGCCAGGCCAGGGAUGUCAGGAAGGGAAGUGACUUCCUUCGGCUCACCCUGUUCUUCAGCUGGGUCUCCUGCAUAGCGCCCUGCUCUUGGUGCUGCUUAGAGCGGUGAUCAGUUCCCCGAGGCCUCUCCUGCCCUGGACGGAGCGUAAAUACGCUGCCCCCUGAUCCUUCCAGUGGCAGAGCAAACCAGCCGCAGCCCCGUGUGUGUGCGAGGAAGGGACCCCGGGGGCAGUUGCCCCUCAGCAAGGUUCUAGGUGGGUUUUGUGAGCGAUGAUCGUGCACGCCCUUCCUGCCACCUUCGGAUCCCUUGAUCCUUGACAGGUGCAGAGACUGGCAGCCUGUAGCCCUGCUCCCGCCCAGGGGCUGCUGAUCACGACCCAGGCUCUGGUAUGGUAGGUGCUGGAAUAGCCGGACAAUCCCUGCCCCGAUCUCAGCGUAAGCCAAGAGACAACAGCUGCAUACGGACAGACAAGGGAGCACGAGGAAACGGGGGACAUGGGUCCGCAUGAGCGGCCUUGGGCUCCGCACACCCGCAGCCUCCCCAUAGCCAUUGACAAGUUGCUGGUAGACGUCACGGCAAAGGAGAGUUUUAAGGGGGACUUUGCCCAUGCUUUUCGCCACAGGAGUGAGUGUUAUGCCAGGGCUAUCACCAUACAGGCCUUUGCCCGCUGCCCCUCCGGCAGUCAGGACUAAGGGGUUUCUUCUCCUUUCCUCUACCCACUGCUAUGCUGCCAGCUUGCUGGUUCCCAUGUGUCUGAGUCCAAGAUCUCACCAUGACCUGGAGCUGGCUGUACGCGGUACCGGUGCAGUGCCAUGCUCGGGAGGGCCAGCGGCAUGGAGCUGGCUGUACGCGGUACAGGAGCGGUGCGAUGCCGGGAGGGCCAGCGGCAUGGAGCUGGCUGUACGCGGUACAGGAGCGGUGCGAUGCCGGGAGGGCCAGCGGCAUGGAGCUGGCUGUACGCGGUACAGGAGCGGUGCGAUGCCGGGAGGGCCAGCGGCAUGGAGCUGGCUGUACGCGGUACCGGUGCAGUGCGAUGCCGGGAGGGCCAGCGGCAUGGAGCUGGCUGUACGCGGUACCGGUGCAGUGCGAUGCUCGGGAGGGCCAGCGGCAUGGAGCUGGCUGUACGUGGUACCGGUGCAGUGCGAUGCCGGGAGGGCCAGCGGCAUGGAGCUGGCUGUACGCGGUACCGGUGCGGUGCGAUGCUCGGGAGGGCCAGCGGCAUGGAGCUGGCUGUACGCGGUACCGGUGCGGUGCGAUGCUCGGGAGGGCCAGCGGCAUGGAGCUGGCUGUACGCGGUACCGGUGCGGUGCGAUGCCGGGAGGGCCAGCGGCAUGGAGCUGGCUGUACGCGGUACCGGUGCGGUGCGAUGCCGGGAGGGCCAGCGGCAUGGAGCUGGCUGUACGCGGUACCGGUGCGGUGCGAUGCCGGGAGGGCCAGCGGCAUGGAGCUGGCUGUACGCGGUACAGGAGCGGUGCGAUGCUCGGGAGGGCCAGCGGCAUGGAGCUGGCUGUACGCGGUACCGGUGCGGUGCGAUGCUCGGGAGGGCCAGCGGCAUGGAGCUGGCUGUACGCGGUACCGGUGCGGUGCGAUGCUCGGGAGGGCCAGCGGCAUGGAGCUGGCUGUACGCGGUACCGGUGCGGUGCGAUGCCGGGAGGGCCAGCGGCAUGGAGCUGGCUGCACGCGGUACAGGAGCGGUGCGAUGCCGGGAGGGCCAGCGGCAUGGAGCUGGCUGCACGCGGUACAGGAGCGGUGCGAUGCUCGGGAGGGCCAGCGGCAUGGAGCUGGCUGUACGCGGUACCGGUGCGGUGCGAUGCCGGGAGGGCCAGCGGCAUGGAGCUGGCUGUACGCGGUACCGGAGCAGUGCGAUGCCGGGAGGGCCAGCGGCAUGGAGCUGUCUGUACGCGGUACCGGUGCAGUGCGAUGCUCGGGAGGGCCAACGGCAUGGAGCUGGGUGCUGCAUGAAGCAUUUCGGGUUAGAUUGGCUCUGUGAUCACCUAGGGCCGGGCGACCCCCUCCUGGCCCAGCUCACCCAGGACUAGCUGCAGGGGCUUUGGAAAUGGAACUUGUUCGGGUUUUGUCAUUUUUAGGUGGCAUUACAAAGCCUCACCGGAGCUUUUAUCCCUCUGAAUCAGCAGACAGAGCAAACUCCCUCCUUUGGCCUCACAGGAGCGUCUUGUCCCCGCAGGGACAUGGGGCAGUCCCUGACCGUGAGCUCGCUCCUCUCCCGGGACCUAAGGAACCACAGCUACUGACUCCGCGCCCUCUCCGUCUGCCACACUGCAGCUCUCUGUAGGGCCUCUGGCAGGAGUCCCAUUGGCUGAGGAGCUAGAGAUCCUGGUGCCGGGGUGACUUUGGUAGGCCUCACUGCUGGUGUAACCCACACACCUUCUGGGCGUGGUGUUCUGUCCCAUCAGUGGCACCGAGACCACUUAGAGAGAUUAAUGCGUCUGCUCUACAGCCUUCGCUAACAGCCAGGUGGCUUUGAGCUCAUGCAGGAGAGGCUCAUGCACUAAGCUCCCGAGGUCCCAGGUUCGAUCCUGCCCGACAACGACCGGGGUCCGUGGGCGUUACACUAGGUCAGAGGAAACAUCUGUAGCACACGUGCAAUGGACUGAAAGGGAGAGAGCAGCUCAGCCCGGGGGUGUGUGGUUCCUGUCCCCGUCACCAUCUCCCGCAUGUGGUAGCCCCAGAGGGCUGUCGGGCAGGAGGCCCCAGGAUCUCUGUGCUAACCAGAAGGCAGUGCCUGGCUGGUGAAUGGAGUGGGUCUAGCCAGCACACCCCCCAGAGGCUGCUGGAGUUUGUUCUCACCCCCGAGGCGUAGCCUGCUGUUUGGUUUGGUUCAUGAAGCAUAAGCCUGGCUGGCCUGGCCCUUUUUCCACACACAUCCGCAACCGUUGCACAGUGCCUGGCACAUUGGAGCUCGCGGGGCUGGAGUCGCUGAGCCUGGGGGUCACCGCAGGGCCCAUAGGGCAAAGGUGGGUCUCGCCUUUCCAUUGGAGAAGAGAGAAUCCCGGGGAGUUCUCGACCGCCUAAAUAUGGAGCUGGGAGGCCUGAGGUCUCUGACAGGAGUUGAUAUCACAGAGCCAAUCCGAUGGCAAGGAAUUUCUCUAGCGGCGCUCAGACUCCUGCAGGCCAUGCUGUGCUGGCUGACGGAGCUGGAGUGUCUGGGAGCUCUGACGUGAGGAGACUCGAGGGACACUUCACCCACCCGGUCCCUAGGAGCAGACUUGGACAGCAGCUUGCUGUACAGCCAUCCCCCACAAACAGCACCACAGACUGUCAGACUAGAGCAUCUCUUUAAUGGCUUGUCGGGCGUUUGCCACUGACCGGCUGGGGGCGGCACAGGGGCAGGGUGAGAAUACCCUCAAACCAGAGGCUGCAUGUGGCAGGAAUGGAGGAGGUGGGAGCCCAUCAACUGCAGAGGUGCCUGAGAAGUGGUUUUGUAGGAGGGGAAGAGGUGAGAGCUGGAUUCUAUGGCCGGGAGCACGCUCUGCCUGGGCUGUCCAGAACAGCUCCUCCUGCUGGCAUUUGGCUCCCUGUGCGGGGUGCUCCCAGCGGUUUGGAGCAGGCACAAGGCUCCCUCCGUCUGACAGACAAAAGGGCUCCCAUGAUCCUCAGUAUUGCCAAUAAGAUGGAUCCACCAGUGGAGGGGGACCCCAUGUCAUAGGGCUUCUACCUGUCCUUUGGGCAGUCCUGUUUGGUUGGAGGUCGGAAUCUGUCCAGGGCCGCCUUGUCUUGGUGCCACAGAGACGACUCGGGAGCCUCUGAACCAUUGCAAGAGAAGGCCAGAUCCCUGAUCACCUGUGGGACUGACAGUACCGAUGGCUGUGCUUCAGGGCUGGUGCGUGGAAUGGGGGAAUGACUGUCUCCUCGUGAUAUACUCCUCCCCCGGUUAACAAUGUCCUGGGAUAUAGAUGGGCCAGACAGGAGUAGUGAAUGUGUACAGGGGAGAGCAAAGAUUUCUUCUGACAAAAUGUAUGUUUCCGACUGUCUUGGAGUACGAGGAAGGUGGUGGCUGCUUAGAUGAGACAAGAAGGAUUUACAGACUUCCCAUACCUCAAUGACUGACUUCUCACAGGUAGCUCCUACAAGGAGGUCCAUGGGUCAGUCUGUGUUCUGCUCAGCCUUUUACCUACCCUAGGUAUCUGCGUCAGUCACGACAAAUCCAUGUUGACACCCAUGAGGUGCAUAGACUUUGUAGGGGUGACGUUCGACUUGACUACAGCAGGAGCGUAUCUACCUCUCGAAAGGUUUCAGGCCACGAGCACCGUCAUACACCAGGUCACUCUCAGACCCAGGACAUCAGUCAGAACUUGCCUUUCCCUCCUUGGCCACAUGGCUUCCUGCAUACACACGACACUGUUCUACAGGCUACAUCUAGGAUGCCUACAAGCCUGGCUUCUCUCCGUGUACUCACCAAAAAGAUCACCAUAAACAACAAGGUGACGAUUCCGCCCAAGGUAUUAGGCUCUCUUGUCUGGUGGACAAAACUGGAGAAGGUUCAGGUAGGGAUCCCUUUCCUCAAACCAACACCUCAGGCAACCAUCUCAGCUGACACCUUCCUCUUGGGUUGGGGUGUGCACACGGGCAAUCAUAUGGGACAGGGUAUCUGGUCCUCCUGAGAGUCCAGAAUGCACGUCAACUUACUAGAAUUCAUGGCUGUCCAUUGGGCCUGCAAUGCUUUCCUCCCACUCAUCCAAUCCAAACAUGUUCAGAUACUGCUGUCAUAUUGUCCGACAUUAUUUUAUAUAAAGCAAGGAGGAACACAACCUCUCUCUUUGAGCAUAGAGGCAGUCACCUUCUGGAAUUGGUGCAUCAAACAUCACAUAACCCUACCAGCAGCAUAGUUAUUGGGGGUGCAAAAUUCCCUAGCAGACUGCCUGAGCAGACACUUUUCCGUGAAUCACAGAUGAGAAAUUCAUGAUUCAGUUCUCAAUGAUGUCUUCACUCAAUGGAGAAUGCUGGCCUGGGAUCUUUCUACCUCACAGGUGAACAAGAAGUCCUCAAUACUUCUCCACAGCAGCCCUGGGCAAAGACUCUUUGGGAGAUGUCCUCUUGAUGUCGUGGAAGGGUCACCCGGGGUAUGCUUUCCCUCCACUUCCUUUGAUACCACAGGUUUUACAGAAGAGCAAAGAAGACAGAGCUCUAGUCAUCCUUAUCACACCCAACUGACCGAGACAGCCAGUUCUGGUUCAGGGAUUUGUUGAAGCUCUCAGUACAGCCAUCCAUGAACAUCCCCACAUUGCCGGACCUUCUAAUGCAACACAGGAGCAAGGUCACACACUCCAGCUCACGGCCACUGCAGCUUAGAGCCUGGUAUUUGGAUGGGCAUCAGACAUUCAUGUUCCAAGAGAGUGCGAUCCACCCUGAACCAAAGUAGAAAAGAUUUUAAGGGAAGCUGUUACUGAGCUAACGGAAGCGUUUCUCCACUUGGGCUUAUCAACGCAAUUUGUCUUCAAACUCUGCUGGAAUCUCCAACAUCUUAAAGCAUCUGCUUACCCUUAACUCUUUGGGUCUUGCAUUCAGUUCCCUGCAGGUGCAUUUAGCAGCAAUCAGCAAUCUCCAUCCUGCAGUGGAUAACCAUGUGAUCUUCACUCACCUUUCACAACUAGGUUUUUGAAGGAGAUUCUCAAAUCCUUUCCACUAGUGGUGAAGUUUGCACCUCAGUGGAUCCUCAGUUUUGUUCUAUCGUCUCUCUCGAAGACUCCCUUUGAGCUGCUGGCCAUGUGCUCUGUGCUCUCGGUCUGCCAAGGUGGGCUUUCUGAUAGCUAUAGCGUCAGUGACCUGGGAGCACUUACAGCGGGUCCACCACCUACUCCCUUCUAUAAAGAAAAGGUCUUGCUACACCCCCACCCCAGAUUCAUAUCCAGGGUAGUUUCAUGAGAGCCAGGUCAUCAUACUUUUUCCUAAACUACAUGCCUUGGAAUAGGAGCGAUCUCUGCAGCCUCUGGACUUCCAGAGGGCUUGGCUUUUUAUCUGCGAAGAACAAAGGUUGUUAGAAAGGCACCUAAACUAUUUGUUUCCAUAGCAAAGUGAUCAAGAGGUCAACCUAUAUCAGUGCAGAGACAUCUGACAUGGAGCUUGGGUUAUAUUGCCUUUUGUUAUCUAUUAGCUGGCAUCCCCCCGGAAGGGAUAAAAGGGCAAGCUACUUCAGCUGCAGCCCUGAGAGAAACACUCAUAUUAGAGAUAUGUAGGGCAGUGACUUGGAGCUCUUUGCAUGCCUUCAUGAGACAUUACACCUUGGAACCCUCAUCAGCUAUGGAUACGGCUGUGGGGAACUGUGCAGUCGGCUAUCACUUCUGCAUCCUUGCACCCACCAUCUGUUUGACUUCUGCUUGUUAAUCUUCUACGCAUGGAAUACAAUAGGGAGCAUCGCUCAAAGAAGAGGAGGUUACUUACCUGCAACUGGAGGUUUUUCCAGACGUGUGGUCCCUGUCUGUAUUCCACCCCCUGCCCUUCGUCCCCUCUGCUGCGUAGUCAUGACACUGCAGCGAGAAUGGGAAACUGGAGGUGCCAGCCUACAUGCCCUUUAUACCCUUGGUUGGGAGCAGAGCAGAGCUACAACACAUGUGCCGGGCAACGGACACUGCUUGCAAGAAAUUCCAGGGUCAGGCGCGUGGUGUGCAUGCAUAUCCCAGGUGUGGAAUACAGAGAGGGGCCUCCAGGUACAGACAAGUAACCUUCAUGGAUUUGCUGAGCUCUGUGCCCAGAGUAGAUGUGAUGGGCGGGAGGCACAGUUUGCCCUGUCCUAUCUCUGCAUUUCCCUUCUCUUUGCUGCUCUUCCUCUGUGUCUCCUUGAGACUCCCAUCUCCUGUCAGGGACCCCCACACACACACUGUUGUGACCUUCCCACCUCAAUGCAGGUGCUGGGAGGGGAAGGGAAGUGCAGAGAUGGGACAUGGCACCAAAGGGGGUUGGGUAAUGGUCUGUUAAUUGGCAUUUACCCAACUGUGAUGGGAGCUCUUCUUAACUGAUAUGCUGGCCAGGUGCUCAGGGAAGCCACCAAGAAAGGAAUCCGGCCAAUGAAUGAUUUAGUUGGGGAUUGGUCCUGCUUUGAGCAGGGGGUUGGACUAGAUGACCUCCUGAGGUCCCUUCCAACCCUGAGAUUCUAUGAUUCUAUGAAUGCUUCACAACACCUGUGAACAAGAGCAGAACCAGCCAGAACCCAGUAUUCACUAUGCACAGUCUGCAUGAAAGCCAGCGGUACAAUCAAAGCACUACAGAGACACUUCUUUUGGUAUGAAUGAGCAGCAGGCCCUUACCCUGACCCCUCGAUUGUCCCACGCUGCGGUUGCUCAUGCCAAAGGCUUGGUGGCUCUUUGUAUUUUACCCAGGUGAAGUAUUCGAGCUUGUGGAGUUUUUAAAAUAGUUUUAGUUUCUAUUUUUUGAAUUUCCCCUGUAGGCACAGAGGCCUUGCAGGGAGGGCAGAUAUUUUGUGGGCUUCUCCAUGGCUUGUGUCACAUCAAUUCAGUCAUAUCCCAGAAGCAAUAAAACUAUCAAACUAG